AUGUCUAGUGCAUGGAAUCAGACUCGCUGGAUGAAGAGUUUAGCUGUGGGUCCGAUGACAACUCACGAGUAUAACGAAUGGUGGGUUAAGAGGAUCAAUGAUAACAUUCUGUGGCCAAGUUUAACAAAUAGUCAGUCGAUAGAGGAACAUUUAUGGGUUGUCCCUUCUGAGCUGGAGAUCAUAAAGCAGGAUUUUGAAAGAAAAAAUGCAGAGUUAGAAAAAAAGAUAGAACAAAUAGAAGAAGAAAAAAUGAAUUUGAGAUUGGACGUAGAUGUUCAGAAACUCGAGGUCGAGAAAUUAAGGAAAGGGAAAAAUAAGGCCAAAGAAGAUCUAGAUGACUUGAAGAUGGAUUAUAAGAAGUUGCGUCUGUCAAUAAGAACUAAUGGGCUUGAAAAGACUUCAGAGCAGUGGCGUGAAGAGAUUCGAGAAGAAAGAGACAAGUCAGGCAGAUGGGAAAUGAAACUUAAAGAGGUUCAAGCACGAGAUAAAGUAUUAGAAGAAAGCUUGUUAGAGAACCAAAGAGAAAAAGAUGAACUAAAAAACAGAGUGGGUGAGUUGGAAAGGUCUCUUCGUCAAUAUAGAAGUUGGAAUUCUAUAAUAGAGUUGAAAGCAAGAUUGAAGAGAUGA